AUGGUAAUUGAUGAAACUUAUCUAUUAGCAACGAUCCUUGACACACGAUUCAAAAAAAGGAAUUUCAGCACAUCAGUGGUCGCUGAAACCGCUCGAUCAGUUCUUAACGCUGCUGUUGAUGACAGAGAGGCUGUAAGACCGACAAGACCUUCAGAAGUACCGCAACCGUCGACAAGUACAGGAAUUUGGCUAGCAUGCCAAGAAAUAAUUGAAAAGGCCGAAAUGGAAGAGCCAAUUUCAAUAUUUUCUGGGGAUUCGCAAACUAAAAACGAGAUAGAUGCUUAUCUAAAGCUCCCAAAUUUAUCGCCGACUGCUGAUCCAUUGGUCUUUUGGCGAGAAAAUGUCCAUUUUCCAAGGCUGAAAAAACUCGCCCAAAAUAUUUUUCACUGA